UGGAAUGCUGAGCUCAUAGUCACUCCGCCCCAGUGAGCUGUGCAGUGUGAGUGGGCAUGUAAAGGAUCCACGCACUGAGAAGGAACUUCUCCUCCCCCUCCCUGAAGGAACUGCAUCCCAAAAACCAUGUGGUAAGAUUCGAAAGGAUAAACUUGAAUAGCUCACCAUCUUCCUUUCCAAUGUUAUGUGGCCACCCUGCAGAGAAUAAACUGUGUGUCUUGGUAGGGAAAGGCUGUUUGACGAACCAUGGUGAAUUACUACAAAGUACUGGGGGUACCUCAGAAUGCUUCCUCCACUGCCAUCAAAAAGGCCUAUCACCAGUUGGCUCUACAAGUCCACCCAGACAAGAAUCCAGAGAAUAAGCAGGCAGCUGAGGAGAAAUUCAAACAAGUAGCAGAGGCCUAUGAGGUCUUAUCUGAUGCCAAGAGGCGCAAUGACUAUGACAGGACCAGAAAGAAUUGCACCCAAAGGGAAUACAGAGGAGGUGGCAGGAACAAAAGUCAUCCGGAGGAGGAACUGCUCUUUGAGAGGCCACGCAAUGUCUUUGACAACGUGUUUGAAGAUGAAGACCCUUUCUCAGGAGAUUAUUUUUCCACUGGCCGCUUGAAUAGGCCCAAGAGAUCCCAAUCCUCCUUCUUUGAUGUGACCCCCAUAUUGGACACAGGAUUCUCCACUUUUGUAUCCCUUGGCUCCAGACCAAGUCCCUCUAUUUCAGAGACAUUCGUGCCCUUUGUAAGCAGUGGAAUGGGAAGUUUCAGGCUGGUUACCACUUGUACCCAGAUGGUGAAUGGCAAAAGGGUUGUUACAAAGAAAGUUCUAGAACAUGUGAGGGGAGGAGACUAAAGUGGAGAAAGAAAAACUAUUUCAUAAGGUC